AUGAUGCUUGAUGAGUUAGUCAAUCUCGAUGAAGAAAGAUUAUUGGUGUUGGAUACCCUUACCAGGCAAAAGGACCGCAUUGCUAGAGCUUACAAUAAAAAGGUUAGAGUUAAAUCUUUUAUGCCUGGUGAUUACGUGUGGAAGGUUAUUUUGCCGGUCGAUAAAAAAGACAAACGUUAUGGAAAAUGGGCUCCAAACUGGGAAGGCCCUUUCAAAGUCGAGACAGUGCUUCACGGUAACGCUUAUUCGAUUAAAGAAUUAGGGGGUAGAACUCGACAGAUGACAAUAAAUGACAAGUACUUAAAAGCGUAUAAGCCAAUGUUGCAUGAAGUAAACAUCGAAUAA